AGCGACGCUGCAUACAACUGCCGUGAUGUCAUCUUCAAUGCGACACAACUCACAAAACACACAACAACAAUGGAGGAUGUGGAAGCCAUCGUGUCCUUGCUUCUUGGUAUGUGGUUUUUUAUCACAGCAAGAAGGAAAACUUUGUUUCGGAAAAGGCUGCUUAUAGUAAGACGUAAUACAGAAGAAGCUGAGGGGAGACUUAUGGCAAUCGUACAACGCGGCAGAGACUACUCCAGGACGACUCAACGACAACGCUACUCGAAGUUAGGUUGCCACCGCAGACCAUGUGUUUGGAUGCUUGACCGAGCAACCGAGUGGUGGGGUGUGAUUGUUCCAUCUUUCACACACACUCAGUGGGUGGAGAACUUCAGGAUGUCUGAGGAAACCUACGUAUACCUGUGCAACAAACUGCGGCCAGCGAUGGAGAGACAGGACACACCAUUCCGCGAGCGUAUACCUCUAAAGAAGAGGGUGGCCAUCGCACUGUGGAAGCUUGCGACCGGCUCAGAGUACAGAAGCAUUGGACAUCUUUUCGGAGUGAGCAGGACUACUGUGUGCCGGUGUGUGCAAGACUUCUGUGCUGCUGCAGAGACGUUGUUGGUACCGGAACUAAUUUGUUCACCAGACCGGGAGCAGUUUGCAGAAAUGGCUGCCUACACUGAGAACAGGUGGGGGCUCCCACAGUGUGUAGGUGCUAUUGAUGGAUCACACAUACCCAUCUUGGCACCACAGGAAUACCACUGCGACUAUUUCAACCGUAAAGGCUGGCACUCCAUCAUCCUUCAAGGAGUUGUAGAUGGAAAGGGACAUUUCUGGAAUGUGUUUGCAGGAAUGCCUGGGAGCUUGCAUGACGCUCGGGUUUUGAGGCUGUCCUCAUUGUGGGAGUUAGCCAGUCGUGGCAACUACUUUCCACCUUGCACCAGGGACAUUGGUGGGGUGAAUGCUGGCUAUUAAUAGGGCCCCCCUACUUGCCCUCUUCUUCUUGGCAGGCGGGGGACUGAGAGAGGUGGAUGGCUCUUC